GGAAGGUUAUAUAUACAGCGGAAGGAGUAAGCACUUCCUUUUCCUGUGGCAGCAUCCGAUGUGAGAGGAGUGUGGUUGUGUCCUCUCUCCGCCAUGGCAUGUGCUCGCCCACUGAUAUCGGUGUACUCCGAAAAGGGGGAGUCAUCUGGCAAAAAUGUCACUUUGCCUGCUGUAUUCAAGGCUCCUAUUCGACCAGAUAUUGUGAACUUUGUUCACACCAACUUGCGCAAAAACAACAGACAACCCUACGCUGUCAGUGAAUUAGCAGGUCAUCAGACCAGUGCUGAGUCUUGGGGUACUGGCAGAGCUGUGGCUCGAAUUCCCAGAGUUCGAGGUGGUGGGACUCACCGCUCUGGCCAGGGUGCUUUUGGAAACAUGUGUCGUGGAGGCCGAAUGUUUGCACCAACCAAAACCUGGCGCCGUUGGCAUCGUAGAGUGAACACAACCCAAAAACGAUAUGCCAUCUGUUCUGCCCUGGCUGCCUCAGCCCUACCAGCACUGGUCAUGUCUAAAGGUCAUCGUAUUGAGGAAGUUCCUGAACUUCCUUUGGUAGUGGAAGAUAAAGUUGAAGGCUACAAGAAGACCAAGGAAGCUGUUUUGCUCCUUAAGAAACUUAAAGCCUGGAAUGAUAUCAAAAAGGUCUAUGCCUCUCAGCGAAUGAGAGCUGGCAAAGGCAAAAUGAGAAACCGUCGCCGUAUCCAGCGCAGGGGGCCGUGCAUCAUCUAUAAUGAGGAUAAUGGCAUCAUCAAGGCUUUCAGAAACAUCCCUGGAAUUACUCUGCUUAAUGUAAGCAAACUGAACAUUUUGAAGCUUGCACCUGGUGGACAUGUGGGACGUUUCUGCAUUUGGACUGAGAGUGCUUUCCGGAAGUUAGAUGAAUUGUAUGGCACUUGGCGUAAAGCCGCUUCCCUCAAGAGUAACUACAAUCUUCCCAUGCACAAGAUGAUUAAUACAGAUCUUAGCAGAAUCUUGAAAAGCCCAGAGAUCCAAAGAGCCCUUCGAGCACCACGCAAGAAGAUUCAUCGCAGAGUCCUAAAGAAGAACCCACUGAAAAACCUGAGAAUCAUGUUGAAGCUAAACCCAUAUGCAAAGACCAUGCGCCGGAAUACCAUUCUUCGCCAGGCCAGGAAUCACAAGCUCCGGGUGGAUAAGGCAGCUGCUGCAGCAGCAGCACUAGAAGCCAAAUCAGAUGAGAAGGCGGCGGUUGCAGGCAAGAAGCCUGUGGUAGGUAAGAAAGGAAAGAAGGCUGCUGUUGGUGUUAAGAAGCAGAAGAAGCCUCUGGUGGGAAAAAAGGCAGCAGCUACCAAGAAACCAGCCCCUGAAAAGAAGCCUGCAGAAAAGAAACCUACUACAGAGGAAAAGAAGCCUGCUGCAUAAACUCUUAAAUUUGAUUAUUCCAUAAGGGUCACAUCAUUUUGGACAGCUUCUCUUGAAUAAAUAUCUGAUCUUACAGGCAGUGAGAAACA